AUGGCUCCACUCGAAGUUAUUGGAGCCGGCAUGAGCCGAUGCGGCACUGACAGUUUAAGAGCAGCUCUGAACAUUUUGGGAUACAACACACACCACAUGUUUGACGGGGGACCACUGUACAAAAACGAUGAGCUCACUGAAGUCUUUGAAGAAGCAUAUAAACAUCCCGAAAAACAUGUGGACUGGGAUAUAGUUUAUAACGGAUAUAACGCAGCGGUAGACUGUCCGACCAUUUCCUUUCUACCCAGGUUGUUCGAGAAAUACCCUGACGCCAAAGUGAUCCUUACCAAACGGGACUCUGAAAGCUGGUACAAAUCCGUCUAUAACACAAUCUAUCGCAUUUAUGAAUUGCCCCCGGAGAAUCCUGAAGAAUUUGAAGAGAACGUGGCGAACAUGGUCAAGGCUAUCUGGUUAGAUGGUUCUUUUCAAGACUUGCAAAAAUUCAAGGAUGAUCCAAAAACCAUCAAAAAGCGUUACGAGGCACACAAUGCAUGGAUGAUUAAAAAUAUUCCAGCCAAUCGGUUGCUGGUGCUAGAUUUACGGGACGGUAUCGAUUGGGACAAGAUUUGUCCAUUCCUUGGCAAGCCCGAACCGGCAGUGCCUUAUCCUCAUGUCAACACUACCGCUUCCUUUAACGAAAAACAUAAAGUAAUUGAUUCUUCAACCGCCUAA